AUGGAGCGUAUAUCCCUCGUAAACUCCCUUUUUGACGAGAAUGGGCUCAACUUAUGUGGGAAGGACCUUUUCCUGGUGUUCAGCACCCCCAAUACUUUCCUCUUCCUAACUGAACUUUCAUUCAGUGGAACACGCAUACACGAUUUCGACCUCAUCCAUAUCCAUCACCUCCCCAAGCUUUCCAUUCUCUUUCUGAAUAAUACAGGGAUAGGAAACAAGCCUGUAUACCUCCUCAUCCCACUCAAACGAACCCUAACCCAACUAACACUCGCCACCAACCCCAACAUUGACAGUACCUCCGUCCCCACCAUCCUCCUCCUCUCCAAACUGUGUUACCUCUCCAUCACAGAUCCUAGCAUCGACAUGAACAGGUUGAGGACAUUGGCAAAGAGGGUCGAUGAGGAGGGGAUUCCAGUCAUUCAGGUGGAAUUCUGGUGGAUUCCUGUGGAUUCCGGUGGAAUGAAAUUUAGCAUGGAAUCUGAUCAUUCCGGAAUUUACACCGGAAUGGUCCCUGGAAUGGUCUUCCCAGGAAUGGGCAGGAAUAGCAUUCCCCAGAAUUUUAUUUAUUUUCAAUGGAUAACAAACAAUGCUUGUUUGGCAAACACUGCUCACCAAACACGGUCACUCUCUUCUUCCACCACCGCCACCAUGCUCGUCGCCGCCGCCAACGCCACGCCAUCACCAUCACCCAUAGCCACCACCACCCACGUCACUCGUCUAUCACCCAUGGCCACCACGACCACCAACAUCGACCACGCCACCCUUCAACAACAACGCGGCGAUGCCACGUCAUGA